AUUUUCGUGCAUAAAAAGCGAAAUGCUCUCUAGCUUUCGCCCCUCUCUUGCUUUAUUAGUGCAACCUCAGGUAACACACCAACCCGUUUAGUUUCACUCUCGAUCAGGAUUCAGAUUCUUCACGAUAAAUGUCUGCCAAAAGGUUUUUCAAUGAUUCUGAUCAAGACCCUGAGAAUCCUGGCGGAAAACGGAUGAGGAAUACUAGACCUUCUUUUGCUUCGGUUAUAGGAGAAGUGGUUAUGGUGAAAAACUUGGAGAACCUUUUCUCAGCCAUGGAACCUUUGCUUAAAAGAGUGGUUGGAGAAGAAGUUGACCAAGCUAUGAGACAAUGGUCACGCUCCUUUGCUAGGUCUCCUUCACUGAGGCUCCAAGCAAUGGAUCAGCAACAACCUUCAACUUUGCAACUAUGUUUCAGCAAAAGGCUUUCCCUUCCAAUCUUCACAGGUAGCAGAAUUCUUGAUGUUGAUGGGAACCCCAUCAACAUAGUUCUAAUGGACAAAAGCAAUGGCCAAGGAGUCCCCACAAGUCUCUCAAAUGCCAUCAAGCUAGAGAUUGUGGUUGUUGAUGGAGACUUUCCUCUUAAUGACAAUGAUGAGGAUUGGACUAGUGAGGAAUUCAAUAGGCACAUAGUGAAGGAGAGAAAUGGGAAGCGACCAUUGCUUGCAGGAGAAUUGAAUGUGAUCAUGCGUGAUGGAAUUGCACCAACCGGAGACAUUGAGUUCACUGAUAAUUCCAGCUGGAUUCGCUGCCGGAAGUUCCGAGUUGCGGUGAGGGUGGUACCGGGGACUAAUCCAGGCGGUGUUCGGAUUCGUGAAGCCAUGACUGAGGCGUUUGUUGUUAAGGAUCACCGUGGAGAAUUGUACAAAAAACACCACCCUCCAAUGCUUCAUGACGAAGUUUGGCGCCUAGAGAAGAUAGGUAAAGAUGGAGCUUUCCACAGAAAAUUGUCAUCAGAGGGGAUCAAAACAGUGCAAGACUUUCUCAAACUAGCAGUCAUUGAUGCUCUUAAGCUAAGAAAUAUUUUAGGCAUGGGGAUGUCAGACAAAAUGUGGGAAGUCACUAUCAAGCAUGCAAUGACCUGUGACAUCGGGAGCAAGAUGUACAUUUAUCGUGGACCAGAGUUUACUAUUUUUCUGGAUCCAGUGUGCAAAUUAAUAAGAGCAGAUGUCAAUGGGCAUACAUUUUCCAACAGGGAUCCGAUGAGCCAUUUGAAUAAGGCCUAUAUAGACAAAUUGGUGAAAGAAGCAUAUGCUAGAUGGAGUAACUUGGAGGAGAUUGACGAAGUUCUGAAUGAUAACAUUGCUUUGUUAACCCAAGGUGAUCAAACUGUGGAACAAUUUGCAAACAAUCAACCUGCAGCUGCCUCAGUAGAAACAACAUAUGAUCAGAAUCAGUAUUACAGUGACAAAUCAGGCAGCUAUGUAGCAAACAACAAUACACAAAUGGGAUGCUGCGAGUGGUCACUGAAUCAAGCCUAUAGCCCAGCACCGUUUGCCAAUGGCUUUCCUUUUAGUUUCUCAGUGAGACAAUCGGAUGGUGACAUAACCGCUUCAGGUUCUAGCUCUGUGGAUGUUGAUGGAGCCACAAGGCAUAAUUAAGGUGUACCAAAAGUUCCUAUAAUGCACCAUGUACAGUACGUACUAUAAAUGUAUGUAGGCUUGACUUAUAAAUAUGUAUAAGAUCUUUGUGUAAUUCAUAAAAUUUAUACAUGUUCGUAAGUGAUGGUGUGCCCCUAAAUGAUGUGGCCAUGCAAAAAGGGAUAAAAAAAGGUCAAAACAUAGGUAGUAAAGUACUUUGACUUUCUGCUGUAUAUACUACAUACAAGCAAGUGUAAGCAAUGUGGAGGAAUCAAAUUUGUCUUAGCAUAGGUGCCAGGCUCAUUUUAAGGAUCAUGUGAAUGAUGGGCAUGGCUCCUGCCUCCUGGAUGGGCUUUAUUGCUUUGUUACCAAAGUGUUUAGCGAUCACAAAACAGUAUGUUGUGUUGUAAAAUAACAUCUAUAAUGCAUGUUAUCCCCUUGUCUGCUUUUAGUUUUCCA